AUGCCAAAGUUUACGGUAACAGUAUGCACGUUGGUAUUUCUUGGUUCAUGGACUAGUUGGUCCAAACCAAAAGGUUCACCACAUAUAAAUUCUGUGAGAAUAGAUGGUGACCUCAUUUUGGGAGGUCUUUUCCCCGUCCAUGGGAGGGGAAGUGAUGGCAGAGCAUGCGGAGAGCUCAAGAAAGAAAAAGGAAUACAUCGUUUAGAAGCAAUGCUGUAUGCUCUUGAUCGUAUCAAUGCUGAUCCUGACCUUUUGCCCAAUAUUACCUUAGGUGCAAGAAUUCUGGAUACCUGUUCUCGAGAUACACAUGCACUAGAGCAGUCUCUGAGCUUUGUCCAGCCACUUAUAGACAAGGAUAGGGCAGAAGUUCGUUGUCUAAGUGGUGGAAACCCUAUCAUUGCUCAACCUGAGAGGGUGGUUGGAGUCAUUGGAGCAUCUUCUAGCUCUGUCUCCAUCAUGGUGGCCAAUAUAUUAAGACUUUUCAAGAUUCCACAAGUGAGCUAUGCCUCCACUGCUCCAGACCUUAGUGACAACAGUCGAUAUGACUUCUUCUCACGAGUGGUUCCAUCUGACACCUAUCAAGCUCAGGCUAUGGUAGAUAUUGUGAAAGCCUUAAGGUGGAGUUAUGUGUCAACACUUGCAUCUGAAGGCAGCUAUGGUGAAAGUGGAGUUGAAGCAUUUAUCCAGAAAUCCAGGGAAGAUGGGGGUUUGUGUGUAGCACAGUCAGUUAAAAUUCCUCGGGAGCCAAAAGCAGGAGAGUAUGAUAAGAUAAUUCGCCGACUUCUGGAGACAUCCAAUGCCCGGGCAGUUAUUAUUUUUGCAAGUGAAGAUGAUAUCAGGCGAGUACUUGCAGCCGCAAAAAGGGCAAAUCAAACCGGACACUUCAUGUGGGUUGGCUCUGAUAGUUGGGGUUCAAAGAUUUCUCCAGUGCUUCAGCAAGAAGAAGUGGCAGAAGGGGCCGUCACUAUACUACCUACACGGGCUUCAGUCAGAGGGUUUGACCGGUAUUUUACUAGUCGGACACUAGAUAAUAAUAGGAGGAAUGUCUGGUUUGCUGAAUUCUGGGAGGACAAUUUUCAUUGUAGACUGAGCCGAAAUGCACUACGCAGAGGAGGCCAUGGAAAGAAGUGCACCAAUCAGGAGAGGAUUGGUGUAGGGUCUGCUUAUGAACAGGAAGGCAAGGUACAGUUUGUUAUUGAUGCUGUGUAUGCAAUGGCCCAUGCACUUCAUAACAUGCACAAAGCUUUGUGUCCUGGGAGCGUUGGACUGUGCAGCCGCAUGGACCCAGUUGAUGGUGCUGAACUACUGAAAUACAUCCGUAAUGUCAAUUUUACAGGAAUUGCCGGCACACCAGUGACAUUUAAUGAGAAUGGUGAUGCCCCAGGUCGCUAUGAAAUUUACCAGUACCAGAUGCACAAUGGAACUCCUGAAUACAAAGUGAUUGGACAGUGGGCAGAUCAUCUUCAUCUUAAAAUUGAUCGAAUGCACUGGCCAGGAACACAUUAUUCCUCCUCUCAGUUCCCUCAGAUCCCUCUCUCUGUAUGCAGCCAGCCUUGCCUUCCAGGUGAGCGGAAGAAGGUGGUUAAAGGAAUGUCCUGCUGUUGGCAUUGUGAAAAAUGUGAAGGUUAUCAGUACCAGCUUGAUGCAUACACCUGCAAGAGAUGUCCUAUCCACAUGAGACCAAAUGAGAACCACACAUUUUGCACUCCCAUUCCUGUGAUCAAGCUUGAAUGGAGUUCUCCAUGGGCUGUAGUGCCCUUACUUCUUGCUGUGCUGGGCAUUUUGGCAACUCUCAUAGUAGUGGGCACAUUCAUGAGAUACAAUGACACUCCUAUUGUUAAGGCCUCUGGUCGAGAACUAAGUUAUGUCCUUCUUACUGGUAUUUUCUUGUGUUAUGUCAACACUUUUAUUAUGGUGGCCCAGCCUGGUUAUGGAACCUGCUCUCUACGAAGAGUCUUUUUGGGACUAGGAAUGAGUAUUAGCUAUGCUGCAUUGCUAACGAAAACCAACCGGAUCUACCGUAUUUUUGAGCAAGGUAAAAGAUCAGUUAGUGCUCCAAAGUAUAUAAGUCCAUCUUCUCAGUUGGUAAUCACUGCUAGUCUUUCUUCUGUCCAGUUGCUGGGUGUGCUUGUAUGGUUUUUUGUGGACCCAUCUCGACCUGUAGUGGAUUAUGAGAACCAGCGCACACCAGACCCACAGCUUGCAAGAGGAGUGCUCAAGUGUGACAUUUCCGACCUUUCCCUCAUUUGCCUUUUGGGCUACAGCAUGCUUCUUAUGGUAACCUGCACUGUUUAUGCUAUCAAAACUCGUGGAGUUCCUGAGACAUUUAACGAGGCAAAGCCUAUUGGUUUCACCAUGUAUACUACCUGCAUUGUUUGGCUGGCCUUCAUUCCAAUUUUCUUUGGUACUGCUCAGUCUGCUGAGAAGAUGCAUAUCCAGACAACAACACUGACCAUUUCAGUGAGUUUGAGUGCCUCAGUGUCCUUAGGUAUGCUCUAUAUGCCCAAGGUCUACGUUAUCCUUUUCCACCCAGAACUGAAUGUCCCCAAACGCAAAAGAAGCCUCAAAGCUGUUGUCACUGCAGCAACAAUGAGCAACAAAUUCACUCAAAAAGGAGGCUACAGACCAAAUGGCGAGGCAAAGACUGAGCUAUGUGAUAGCAUGGAGACACAAGGCAAGUAUUAUUAUGAACAGACGUAA